GUGGGGUACAUUUACACACACCCCGGAUCUUUACCAUUGUCUUGUGGGGCAUAAUAUUGCAUUGUUCUGUGGGGUACAUUGACACACACCCUGGAUCUAUACCAUUGUCUAAAUGUUGCAUCUAUUUGAUUUUUUCUGUGGGGUACAUUGACAUGGGCCUAAUUUUGCAAAGAUAUCCAUGUUAUCUAUAUAGUUAUUCUUUGUAUUCCUUUCAGGUGCAGGCACCUCAGUGUAAUGUCCAAACUCCACCUGAAGAUGAACAAUAUUGCCCAACUGUUGUUGAAACGGAUGACAAAAUCCAGACCCCACCUGAAGAUGAACAACAUUGCCCAACUGUUGUUGAAAUGGAUGGCAAAAUCCAAACUCCACCUGAAGAUGAACAAUAUUGCCAAACUGUUGUGGAAACAGAUGACAAAGUCCAAACUCCACCUGAAGAUAAACAAUGUUGCCCAACUGUUGUUGAAAUGGAUGACAAAAUCCAAACUCCACCUGAAGAUGAACAACAUUGCCCAACUGUUGUUGAAAUGGAUGGCAAAAUCCAAACUCCACCUGAAGAUGAACAAUAUUGCCAAACUGUUGUGGAAACAGAUGACAAAGUCCAAACUCCACCUGAAGAUAAACAAUGUUGCCCAACUGUUGUUGAAAUGGAUGACAAAAUCCAAACUCCACCUGAAGAUGAACAAUAUUGCCAAACUGUUGUUGAAAUGGAUGACAAAAUCCAAACUCCACCUGAAGAUGAACAACAUUGCCCAACUGUUGUUGAAAUGGAUGGCAAAAUCCAAACUCCACCUGAAGAUGAACAAUAUUGCCAAACUGUUGUGGAAACAGAUGACAAAGUCCAAACUCCACCUGAAGAUAAACAAUGUUGCCCAACUGUUGUUGAAAUGGAUGACAAAAUCCAAACUCCACCUGAAGAUGAACAAUAUUGCCCAACUGUUGUUGAAAUGGAUGACAAAAUCCAAACUCCACCUGAAGAUGAACAAUAUUGCCCAACUGUUGUUGAAACAGAUGACAAAGUCCAAACUCCACCUGAAGAUGAACAAUGUUGCCCAACUGUUGAAACGGAUGCCAAAAUCCAAACUCCACCUGAAUAUGAACAAUAUUGCCCAACUGUUGUUGAAACAGAUGACAAAGUCCAAACUCCACCUGAAGAUGAACAAUGUUGCCCAACUGUUGUUGAAACUGAUGACAAAAUCCAAACUCCACCUGAAGAUGAACAAUAUCGCCCAACUGUUGUUGAAACGGAUGACAAAAUCCAAACUCUACCUGAAGAACAAUGUUGCCCAACUGAUGUUGAAACUGAUGACAAAAUCCAAACUCCACCUGAAGAUGAACAAUAUUGCCCAACCGUUGUUGAAACCGAUGUGGACUAUUGCCCAUCAGAGUAUGAACAAGAUAGCCCAACUGUUGUGGAAACGGAUGCGGACUAUUGCCCAUCAGAGGAUGAACACCAAUCGGUUGACGGGAAUGAUGUGUUUUAUCCGACUGUUAAGCGAAGUAAAGAAGGGAAGAGAGUUUACAAUAAGCAUCAAGCAUGUUACUACUGCGGUCAAUUGAAGACUAAAAUUUCCAAGCAUCUCCUAGUGUGUCAUUGUGACGAAACAGGAGUUGCCCAAAUAGCAGCAUUGCCCAGAAAUUCAAAAGAGAGACAAAUCAAAUUUGAACUACUACGUAACAAGGGAAACUACUAUCACAACAUUAAAGUCUUGAACACUUCUGAAGGUGAACUUAUCCUAGUGAGGAGGCCAGGGGACAAGGAUAUUUUUGAUCAGGAAGAUUAUGGUCCAUGCCCUUAUUGUCUUGGAUUCUUUAAGAGGAAUGAUCUAUGGAAACAUACAAAGUAUCUUUGUCAUGGUAAGGAUUGUGAAGAGACAACAAUAUCUGCAGGACAGAUUAAGCUGGAAUCCGAUUUACUGCUAGACAAGGGGUCAGGAGCAUCAGCAUAUGUUAAGGAAGUGCUAGCAACAAUGAAAGAUGAUGACAUUACUAUGAUUGUGAAAAAUGAUCCACUAAUCAUUCAACUAGGUAACCGUGAGGGGAGAAAGUGCACGGGAGUAGAUUCACAAAAGAGGAAACACUAUGUUAGUCAGGAGAUGCGCAGAGUAGGGAGGUUGCUACAAAACCUCAGAAUGCUUGAUCACAAUGGGCAAUCCACACUGGAUCAGUUUAUAAAACCCAAAAACUUUGACAGGUUCAUAGAGGCUGUGCAAAUUACAGCAGGGAGUGGUGAAAGCAAAGAAAGCUCACCGUCACUAGCUUUGAGGUUAGGAAAUGCCAUAUCAAAGGCAGCAAUGAUAAAGAAAUGUAUGGCAUUGAGGAUGUAUGAUGAUAAUCCCACAUCAAGCAAAGAAAGGGAGCAAGAAGCAAAGAAUUUCAUGACUUUGAAGAAUGCUGAAUGGGCAGAGAAGGUAUCAUGUGAAGCCUUAAAUACCAUGGCAAAGAGAAAGUAUGAGAAGGUAGUAGAGCUCCCUUUAUCAGAUGAUUUGAAGAAGUUCUCAGAAUUUCUACAACAGGAGAUAGAGGCAUGCGAAGACCUGACAGAUCCAACAACAUAUAGGAGAUGUGAAACCCUUGUUUUGGCAAGACUUACGACAUUUAACAAAAGAAGAGGAGGAGAGAUGGAGCAGCUGAAACUGAAAUCAUACACAGAGAGACCAAACUGGAAUGCAGUAGGCUCAGGCAUAGAAGAAGUGAAAAAGUCCCUAUCUCCACUGGAGCAACAUCUAAUGAAUGAUCUAGACAUGGUUUACACUAGAGGAAAACGUGGACGUAAGGUACCUGUGUUAAUUCCUCAAGAUUGCAAGGCAACAAUGGAUAAACUUGUGGCUCACCGUCAUGAAGGAGGCAUUACAAAAGAUAAUGUAUACUUCUUUGCACGGCCUGGAUGUGAAACCUCCCUCCGAGCAUCAGACAGUCUUCAAGCAUUGGCUGAGGAGGCAGAUCUAAUGAAGCCUCAUCUCAUUCGCACAACAAAGAUGAGAAAGUACUGUGGGACGGUGUCUCAGAUAUUGAAUCUGUCAGAGAGUCAGCUAGACUGGUUAGCUGAUCACAUGGGCCACGACAUCCGAGUGCAUCGGGAGUUUUAUAGAUUAAACGAAUCGACCAUCGAACUGGCAAAGGUUGCUAAGCUCAUGAUUGCAAUUGAUGAGGGCAAGGCUGGAAAGCUAAUAGGAAAAAACCUGGAUGAGAUCACCGAAGGGGACAUAGACAUCCAGGAUUUAUUACAAGAACAACAAGAACCAACAGGUAAAUUACUAUAAGCAAAGUUUAGAUACCUUAAGGUGGAAUUGCACCCCGAUACUAUUUUUGCAUUUUACUCAAAAAGUAAUACCACUCUGGUCAAGGAAAUUAUAGAUAGGGACAAAGAAUCCAAAUACUAUACUGGAAUUUCAAUAACUCAAGCUGAGCAAUUCAUUACUAGUGAGAAAAGGAGGAAAAUCCUAGCAAUCCCUCA